AUAUGCAGAAACUGUGCAAGCAACCGGUGGAUACGCACAUAAAGGCCGCACUAUACACUUGUCGCACUGUACUCAUUAUCGCCGAAAUCACCCACUGACUGAUACCACAUCAUAACUUUCGUUGAUCGCAAUGGCGGCGCACGGUGGGAUAUAUUUACCUAUUUUUUUGGCAAUCUCCGCGUUGAUUCUCGCCGUGGAUUCUAUGCCCAAUGGGGCCCCUUCCUCGGCUUGCGUCAGCCUGACUCCGGGCCACGGUGGCACCGCUCAGGGGGGAGCCAGCCCGUACUCGAUUCAGCUGCCGGACGGGAAUACGUACACGGCGGGAACACCGAUGACUGUUCGCGUCCUUGGUUCCUCGCAGUUCCGUGGCAUCAUUCUUCAGGCCCGCCUGGCCGACGGUUCGUCCAUCGUGCCCCAGGGACAAUGGCAGAAGAUAACCGGGACCCAACUGGGUAACUUCAAGCUUGCCACGUGUAGCAGCACUCACGAUACCGUAACGCACAGCAACCGAAAUGACAAGAACAUGCCCCAGAACUUCCUUUGGUUGGCACCUGUGCCAGCAGUUGGAAAUAUCAAGAUUGUGAUGUCUGUUGUGGAAGAAUACACCCCGGCCACAAGCUCGAACAGAUACUGGGUGGGCAUAGAAUCGCCAGUGAUUACGCCAAUCACCCCUGAUGCCUGCUCCAAUGCCCCAUGUCUGAAUGGAGGAGUCUGUCGCACUAGCAGCACCUCACUAGUUGGAUACACUUGCGAUUGUCCAUCUGGAUAUACUGGUGGCAAUUGCCAAACCAGCGUGGAUCCCUGCACCAACAACCCUUGUCAGAAUGGAGGAGCCUGCAGCGUCAUUGUAGGCGGAUACAAUUGUGCAUGUCAAACUGGAUUCAGCGGGACCAACUGCCAAAUAUCUUCUUGCUCCAACAAUCCUUGUCAGAAUGGAGGAGCCUGUAGCCCCUCAGCAGGCGGAUACACUUGUGCAUGUCCAGCUGGAUUCAGCGGGAACAAUUGCCAAACAAGUGUUACAGCUUGCUCCAACAACCCUUGUCAGAAUGGAGGAACUUGUAGCCUCUUGGCAGGCGGAUACACUUGUGCAUGUCCAGCUGGAUUUAGCGGGACCAACUGUGACCAAACAUCGGGUAAUCCAUGCAGUAGCAAUCCGUGUUCUGCCGGUUUCACUUGCGUGGUCUCUGGUAAUGGCUAUAUAUGCCAAGCAAUUAGUAUAAAUCCAUGCAGUAGCAACCCAUGUUCGGCCAUUCUCACUUGUGUGGUCUCUGGUAAUGGCUAUACAUGCCAAGCAAAUGCUUGCACCAACAACCCUUGUCAGAAUGGAGGAGCCUGUAGCCUCUCAGCAGGCGGAUACACUUGUGCAUGUCCAGCUGGAUUUGGUGGGACCAACUGUGAAACAUCGGGUAAUCCAUGCAGUAGCAAUCCGUGUUCUGCCGGUUUCACUUGCGUGGUCUCUGGUAAUGGCUAUAUAUGCCAAGCAAUUAAUCCAUGCAGUAGCAGUCCAUGUUCUGCCGGUUUCACUUGUGUGGUCUCUGGUAAUGGCUAUAUAUGCCAAGCAAAUGCUUGCUCCAACAACCCUUGUCAGAAUGGAGGAGUUUGUAGCCCCUCAGCAGGCGGAUACACUUGUGCAUGUCAAGCUGGAUUUAGCGGGACCAACUGCCAAACAUCAGUCACUACAGCUUGCUCCAACAACCCUUGUCAGAACGGAGGAGCCUGCAGCCUCUCAGCAGGCGGAUACACUUGUGCAUGCCCAACCGGAUUUAGCGGGACCAAUUGUGAAACACCUGAUGUAACAAAUAGUCCAUGUAAUAGCAAUCCAUGUGGUGCCAGUUUCACUUGUGUGGCCACCGGUAAUUUCUAUACGUGCCAAUCAAAUGCUUGCACCAACAACCCUUGUCGGAAUGGAGGAGUCUGUAGCCUCUCAGCAGGCGGAUACACUUGUGCAUGCCCAGCUGGAUUCAGCGGGAACAACUGUGACCAAACAUCAGUUAAUCCAUGCAGUAGCAAUCCAUGUUCUGCUGGUUUCACUUGCGUGGUCUCUGGUAAUGGCUAUAUAUGCCAAGCAACAGUAGAUGCUUGCUCUGGUGUUGACUGCAAUGGAGGGUCGUGUUUUGUCUCCUCAUCCAAUCCAAGCUCGUAUUUGUGUACGUGCCCUAUGGGACGAACGGGACAAAACUGUGAUAUCAUGGAUGCAUGUGCCGGCGUGAACUGCAACUUUGGUAGGUGUUUCACUUCGUCCACUACACCAGAUUCGUACAUUUGUUCGUGCGACAGUGGCUACACAGGCAGGCACUGUGAUUCUUUGGUUAAUGAUCCGUGCAGUAACAACCCUUGCCCAAGCAGCACAGUAUGUGUCGUGUCUGGCGCUAGCUUUACCUGCAAUCCAACGAAUCCAUGUACAAGCGUAAACUGCAAUAACGGACGGUGUUUCACUGCCGCGUCAACACCAAAUAGGUACAUUUGUGUGUGUAACAGUGGCUACACGGGCAUGCACUGUGAAAGCCAGGCACCAUGUGCAUCCCAGCCUUGCCAGAAUGGUGGUGUGUGCGCCGUGUCAGGAACUUCCGUUGUCUGCUCCUGCCCAACUGGCUACUUGGGAACAUUCUGUGAAAUCCCGCCAGAUGCCUGUUUCAGUGCGCCAUGUCUGAACGGCGGGGCGUGUCGUUCGACUUCAGCUGGGUAUUCCUGCACCUGCCCCAGUGGCUACCAAGGCCAAACUUGUGGUGUAUUGGUUGAUGCGUGUGCCACUUUGCCACCGCCUUGCUUGAAUGGGGGAGCAUGUACCCCGCUGGGUACCAGCUAUCAGUGUAACUGCAGGGAGGGCUACCUAGGUUUCAACUGUGGAACCGUAUCCGCUUGUGCAUCGCAACCAUGCCAAAACGGAGGAAGGUGUUUUGUGCAGAGCUCUGCAGACACAUCCGGCUUCUUCUGCGACUGCUCCAGUACUGCAUUCACUGGACAGUUUUGUACAAUUCUUGCCAUUUGCAGCAACUCUCCUUGUCAAAAUGGAGGUACGUGCAUUCCCACUUCAGCGACGAGUCGCCAAUGUACCUGCCCAGCUACGCACACUGGAACCAGCUGUGAAAUGCCCGUUACCAACCAAGCUUGCAACAGCAGCCCGUGUUUGCGAGGGGGAAACUGUGUGGCCACCACCACUGGCUAUAGCUGCAACUGUCCUGCUGGUUAUUCAGGCCAACGCUGCGAACUUGGCCAGUGCACCCCGACCCUGUGCCAGAACAGUGGUGUGUGUUUCACCCUCAGCGGUGGCACCGAUUUCUUCUGUAACUGCCCAUCCACCCACAAUGGAAUGUACUGCGAAACUCCCGUCAAUUCUUGUGAUGCCAAUCCCUGCAUGAACGGUGGGACUUGUUUUGCCUUCUUUGGUGGGAUGGGUUACUUCUGCAACUGCCCGCCAAUGUACACUGGUUCACAGUGUCAGUCCGUUUCAGAUUCCUGCGAGCCCAAUCCAUGUCAGAAUAACGGAGUGUGUAACAUCAACGGCAAUAGUUUCUCGUGUCAAUGCCCAACCGGCACCAGCGGUGAUAGAUGCGAAAUCCGAGAUCUGUGUUUGGACAACCCCUGCCGCAACGGAGGGACUUGCACCAGUUUCUCACAGUCUUCCUUUACCUGCACUUGUCCAGAGUAUUACUUCGGAAUAUACUGUGAAACAUACAGCCCACCAGCAACACCCUGUACUUCCAACCCAUGCUUUUCUGGAGGGACCUGCAUUCCCAUUGGAACCACUGCAUACCGCUGCUCCUGCCCAGCCAACUACGCCGGUGUUCGUUGUGAGAAUUACAUACCACCCAAUCCAUGCACGUCCAAUCCUUGUGGCGCCAAUGGCAACUGCAUCGAUGCUGUCACCAGCUACAUUUGUGAGUGUCAGAACGGCUACAUGGGACAGUUCUGCAACAUACCCCCAGAUCCAUGCGUGUCCCAGCCCUGUCGUAAUGGCGGACGCUGUACGAACCUGGGCACAGCCUACACGUGUGACUGUUCCAGCACUAUCUACACCGGCGUCAACUGUGAAAUUGCUCCCAAUCCUUGCUCAUCCAAUCCAUGUCAGAACGGUGGCGUGUGUAUGAAUGGCGUUGUCCGCUACGAGUGUAAUUGUGGGACAGGGGGAUUUUCCGGAACAAACUGUGAAAUCGCACCCAAUCCCUGUGCCAAUCUUUUCUGUCUCAAUGGUGGCGUUUGUGUCAGCGGCCAGUGCGACUGCACUAACACUGGUUACAGUGGGACUACCUGCGGCGACUUGAUAGACGCAUGUUUCUCCAAUCCUUGCAUCAACAAUGGUACCUGCAACAACUUUGGCACUUUCUUCCGUUGCGACUGCCAACCGGAAAACCGUGGCACAUACUGUCAAUUGUACAAUAACCCUUGUUCUGCCACACCCCCUCCAUGCCUGAAUGGUGGACAGUGCGUUGACCUCGGUGGCUACACGUUGACCUGUAAUUGUCCAGCUGGCUACAUGGGAGAUGCAUGUCAGACAAGAGUUGAUUACUGUGCUAUCAACCCAUGCCUGAACGGAUCAACCUGCCAUACACAGACGGACAGCUACAGGUGUGUCUGCAGGACAGGCUAUGGGGGCGUCAGGUGUGACGAAGUUGUCCUGGCUUGCAUCACCAACCCCUGCCUGAAUGCUGGCACGUGCAUCAAUGGCCCAGAUGCCACGUACACCUGCAGCUGCACUAACCUGUAUGAAGGAGACAACUGCCAAAUAAGGAAGGAUUACUGCUUAACCAACCAACCAUGUCAGAACAACGCUACGUGUCAAAACCUCUACAGUACCGUCGGUGCGGACUACCAGUGUUUGUGCCAGAAUGGCUUCUAUGGACAAGACUGUGAACUGGAGGUCAAUGAAUGUUACAGCACGCCUUGUCACAACGGUGGAACCUGCGUUGAUCUCAUCCACGAGUUCCGAUGCGACUGUCUGCCUGGCUACGAGGGAAUUUACUGCAAUAUCAAUAUCAAUGAAUGUUUAACCACUACUUGCCAAAACGGUGGUACAUGCAUCGACGACGUCAACGGGUACACGUGUUCCUGUCGGCGUGGAUACGGAGGAGACAGCUGCGAAACUGACAUUGAUGAGUGUGUGAGCAACCCGUGCCAGAACCAGGGAACCUGUGUGGACCAAGUGGCUGGCUACACCUGCAACUGCCCCGUCGGAUGGGACGGCAACAACUGCCAGAAUGGUGUCAGCUGUCGUUUGGACUACAAUCUCCGUGAGUGUCAAACGGUGACAAUCACCAGCCCCAACUACCCGGCCAGAUACAACCACAGCGAGAACUGCCGCUGGAUCCUGAACUCGGUCACGGGCAACACGCUGACCGUCAGCAUCACCAGCUUCCAGACGGAGAUGAUGUACGACACCCUCAAGAUUGGCGAGGGGUCAGUGGUCAACGCGCAGAGCCUGAUCUCGGAGUAUUCGGGUGCACUGGAUACGACCACGCCUGUCGAGGUCACGUCGCAGGGCGCCGCCCUGUGGAUGACGUUUGAGACGGACUUAGACAAGACGCAGCAGGGCUUUGAGCUGACUGUAGCAGACAACUGCACACCGAUGAUGCCGCCAUGUGACAGCAAUCCCUGCAUGAACAACGGGCAGUGCAUGAACCUAGAUGGCAACGUGGGGUUCUUCUGUCAGUGCCCCACCAAGUACACUGGCGUCUUUUGUCAAGAAGAGAGGACAACUCCUUGUGACUCCAUGCCCUGCAUGAACAGCGGUUCCUGUUACUUUGAGAUCAGCGCACAGGGGGAUGCCUACAAGUGCUUCUGCACCGAGGGGUUUACCGGAGUCAAUUGUGAAACAGAGUUUGUUCCUCCUCCAAUGUGCACCGACGACUACUGUCUGAAUGGCGGGGCCUGCUCCAUCGAUUCCAGCGACAACAAGGUCUGCGGUUGCCAAGAUGGAUUUGCCGGGGAACGUUGCGAAAGAGUGUCGUGCCCCAGUAACACGUGCGAGGUCCCUUUCACAAUACAGUGUUUAGUGACGGCUACCAUGGAGUACAUCUGUAGAUGUAUCGACGGAUAUCACGGCACGCGAUGCGAAAGGGGUCCCUGCCCUGAUGAUUACUGCAAGAACAAUGGCACCUGCAUCCCGUUUGAAGGUGACUUUGUCUGUCGCUGCCAGCAGCCGUACUUUGGUGACACCUGCGAAACAGAGCUAAACACCUGUGCCCAGCAGCCGUGCCAGAACGGCGGAACCUGCGUUGAGCUAAGUGGAACCUCGCAAUGCAACUGCCCCGCAGGGUUCUCUGGAACCAUAUGCCAGGAUGAUCCUUGCUCCAAACAAGAUUGCCAGAAUGGUGCCACAUGUGACGACACUGACCCUGAGGCGCCAAUAUGUCAGUGCUUGGCGGGCUUUGAAGGCGACAGAUGCGAAAUCAAUAUCAACAAUUGUGUGAGCAACCCAUGCCAGAAUGGUGGCACAUGUGUUGACGGGAUCUCUGGUUAUUCAUGUUCCUGCACCACGGGAUUCGCCGGUGUAAACUGCGCCGAAGAUUUAGAGCUUUGCGUUAAUGAUAUGCCCUGCCUGAACGGUGCAACUUGUAUGAAAGGCUCGGGCGCCAGCAGUGGUGUGUGUGUCUGUCAGCCAGGCUAUGAAGGCAACACCUGUCAAUUAGAUGUUGACGAGUGCGCCAGUAAUCCUUGCCAGAACAAUGCCGAGUGUCUGAACCGUCUCAACAUGUUCAGCUGCGCCUGCAAGAAUGGCUACACUGGCUCCAAGUGUGAACAAAAACCAGGAGUCACCGACCAGCCAGGCAAUGAGACACUUACUUUGGCCCUGGAGCCUUGGUGGAUUGCCCUGAUCUGUCUUAUCGGUGUCCUCUUCAUUAUAUUCAUCAUCGUCGUCUUGUGCACCAUGAAUCGCAACAACGACGAGGAGGACAAGAAGCACAUGAUGGUCAACCCUUAAAAAAAAGAUGCAAGUACCC